AUGGAUUCAGGGCUGUCCUGGGCUGAUCAAUGGGAUAGCCACCCUGAUCCUCCCCCCUCUAAUAAAGAAGACAAGAAGAAGACCAAGCUUGGAUCUGCAAAGAUCAAAAGCAUCCUCAGCCUCAAGUGGAUGAAAGACCUGGGCAGCAACAAGAAAUCUGAGAAAUCUUGA